AUGUCAUAUAUUAAACAAUCUGAUUCAGAUUCAGAUGACGAUGAAGAUGAUUUAUCAUCAACAGAAUCUUUAACUGAUGUGAACUCUGGACAACAACCACUACAAAUUGAGGAUGUAUCUACCCCAGAGAAUAAAAUACCAUUGUCAACAUCAAUAAUACUAGAUAAACUACCUCAAAAAGAUCAAGAUAAGUUACAUGAAAAGAGUGAUACUACAACCAAAGAGCCAAUUAAGAAAAACCUCGACAAGGAAGAACCAUCACAACCUACCAAAAUCAAUAUUAGAUUUCAAUCAAUUGGUUCAACCACUCAAAUUGAGCCAAAAGUAUUUAAGAUUUCAUCAACUCAGACUAUAUCAACAAUUCAAAAGUUCUUAUGUAAAAAAUUAAAAACCAAAAAUUUACAUUUAUAUUUACAAAAUUCUUUUGCUCCGAAUCCUGAUGAAAAAAUUAAUGAGUUAUAUAAUUUAUUUAAAACUAAUAAUGAAUUGAUUAUUAGUUACUGUAAUACCAUAGCAUUUGGAUAA